AUGGGGAUCCUGCGAAGUGUAUCCUACUUGCAACGAACUGAUUCAUUAAGUCGUGUAUUAAUCAUAAUUGCUAGUUUUUUUGCUGUAUCUGCAUUGACAUUGGUAAUUGUUGGUAUAGCGACACCGUCUUGGUAUUCUUCUCAGGAUUCCACCGGCACUUUUGUUUAUUUUAACUUAUUUACACAAUGUGUAGGUAAUGGAAAUAACAACACAUUGAUUUGUACUGCUAUACAACGACAAACUACCUUUGGCGCAGGUACUCAAAAUGCAGCAGCAUUAUUAAUUGUUGCGAUUUGUCUACUGGGCUGUGGUACAUUAAUUACACUUAUUAUGAUAUUUAUUCGAUUACCAGGUAUAAUGGUAUUGAUUGCACCAGUCGUUCUCUUUCUUGCUACACUUUUUAUGGUUGUUGCUUUUGAAGAAUGUUCAAAAGUAACAAUUUAUAAUAGUUAUAGUGCUAAUCUUGUUCAAACGUCUCACAUAGCUACUAUAUUUGCUAUGGGCAUUGUUGCUUUUGCAAGUGGACGAUUACAUUUUAGUUCAUAUCAAGAAAUAUAA